AGGUACUACUGUACAAUACUCGUACUUUCGGAAAAGUGAAACUGAUGAUUUUUGGCCUUGGUCAAUCUGCCCCUCCCUCCUUCAAUACAAUCUUUGGGAAAAGAAAGAAAAUACAAUACCACAAAACAGCGCAUCGUUUUUUGUUUUGGUCCGACGCUUCUUCUAAUCCGUUCUCAAGAGUACCGGUACGAGUACGAGUACGAAACUUCCCUGUCGUUCUUGAUCCUACUAUCUCGAUCUGAUUGACCUACUAAUUCACUAGAAUCCCAGUUGCUUCCAGGUCUCAAAACAACAAAAAAUUGGAACAACAAUACAUUAUUAGAUUGCAUUCGUGGUGAACACUUUGCACUCCACUCUUAUCGGUUUACAUCAUACCACUUCCUCAACGCACCUUAAGUCGACGCAAAUCCACCAGAUAAGAUGAAGAUUAUCGCGAACUCGAAGAAGACGAUGCCGGCUGCUGCCGCCGCACUGGCAAUGCUGCCAGCGAUCAGCACCGACGCUUUCGUGAUGCCGGGACGCAAAGCUGCUGUGGCGAGUGUCACGUCCUCGUUUUCUCCCACUUCGUUGGUGGCGUCUACGCUUGAAACCCCGAAUGUUGUAGUCGGAGACAAUGAAUUAUCAAAGGAUUCAAAUUCAAAGCCCCGUACUUCGCUAGAUGUACGCAUCCACGGAGAGUGGUACGAUCUCACAGGUAGGUAACGAAAUGAAGUGCACCUAAUGGCUUUAAUGAUGGACAGAGGAGACGCAACCGGAAAGAAAAAAGAAAGUAGCCAACUCACGGCAACAUUCUCGAAACGGAAAGAAUCGGAUGAGAACUGAUGAUCUGGAUUUCGUUUUGACUCCCGAACGAUGCUGUGUUUGUCUUUGACAUAAUCACACGGUCUGCUUUGUUCAGAAUGCACUGCUUUUGUUUGUUUUUCUAACCGAUCCUGCAACAUCAAUCCCAACUACUUCGAUGGAAUGCGUUGUCGCAAUUCUCUGUUUCAUACAAAAAUUGAACGAACACCAAACAAACGAUUCUCGAACCCUGACACACAGGGUGGAGAAAGGCUCACCCUGCCGGAGAACACUGGAUCGACUGGUACGACGGUCGUGAUGCCACUGAAGUCAUGGACGGCUUCCAUUCCGAAAAGGGUCGCAAAAUGGUCAAGCGUCUGCCCAAGACCAAGCCCGACGUCCGCGAUGUUUUGGAAGCCAAUGCAACACCCGACAGUGACACUCAAAUUGCCUUUCGAAAGCUCCGGGAUCAGCUUGAGAAGGACGGCUGGUGGAAGCGCGACUUGAAACACGAAUCCAAACUGCUGGGCAUUUGGGGAUCUCUCGUUGCGUUCGGUGCGGUAGCGGCUAGGACUGGUCACCCCGUUAUUGGAACGGUGUUGCUUGCUCUCUCCAUGACGGCCGCUGGAUGGCUCGGGCACGAUUACAUUCACGGAGUCGACCCCUUUUCCGACAAGCUUCGGAAUUUUGCGGCAAUGGCGGCUGGAUUGCUACCUGUGUGGUGGUCCGACAAGCACAAUAAGCACCACGCGCUCAGUAAGUGUACUUGAACGAAAUUCAUGCAACCGAACACAAAUCAAACUACCGACUAGUUUAAUGAAUUUAUUUCUUCCUUUCUAACAAUAUCUUCUUCGCUCUCCACCGCCACACAAUUUCUUUUUCUGUUUCAAACUACAGCCAAUGAGCAGGGUGUGGAUGAGGACAUUGCUACUGACCCUUUCUUAUUUCAGUGGGCACCCUCCCCAGAAAAUGAUCACCCACUUCGAAAGAUCCAGCACUUGAUUUUUUAUAUUCCAUUUAGUUUCCUAUUCGCCCUGUGGAGAAUCGAUUCCGUGAAGGUUGCCAUUUCGAGUGUCCGACAAAAACGUGCCGGAUCCAAACCCGGGCUCUACUCAAUUCUCUUUCACUACACCUGGUUGUUCGCCAUCUUCCCCAUCAAGGUGUGGUUACCCGCCAUUUUCAUGUCCGGUCUACUCAGUGCCCUGAUUGUUACGCCCACACACCAAUCAGAGGAAAUGUUUUCUGAAUAUCAACCAGACUGGGUGACAGCACAGUUCCAAUCCACUCGCAAUGCCGUCGCUACCAACCCGUUUUCUGAAUGGCUCUGGGGUGGUAUGCAAUAUCAGCUCGAACACCACCUUUUCCCAUCCAUGCCUCGCAUGAACUAUCCCAAGCUCAGGCCAAUCCUGCAAAAGUUUGCAAAGGAUAAUAACGUUCCCGGUGGAUAUCGCGAGUCGGGUGAAUUUGAGAUCCUGAAAAUGAACUGGGACCUUUACCGUAGGGUAGCGAAGGCCGACCCCGUGCCCGGAGCCCCCUCGUCGCGUGGUACCAUUGGACAACAGGGUGGAAUACUCGACUCGGACAACAGUCCUGCUGCGGCAUUGGCAAGGGCCUCGCAAAUCGCUUAGACAAAGAAGGAACAAGAAAGUACGAUUGUUGUUGUCUUGUGAUAUCGAUAGAUGAGACGCUUUCGAAGGCGGUCCUCUCCAAACAAUACGUUACCAGCCAUGCAUUGCUACUGCUGCUGCUUUCUGGGGAUGCGAACAGAUGCAACGUCGUGUUUUCUGUCCACAGGCCUCAGACCUACUGAAGGACUAUUUUCCAGCUUCGAAGAGUUUCAAGUGUGCUACCCAGACUGUACGAAUUGGUUCUGAUUGUUAUACAUAUCAUAACACAGCAAACAUGCGCCAGGUUGGUAGUUGCUUUGCUGGUGGCGGCUGUCGUGAGAAUCAAGUCGGUGCAUCGAAUAACUUGUACAGUAAUGAAAUACGCAUAUUUUCCAAAUAGCAGUCAUACUUGGCUUUUCCUUCACAAUUCAUACUUCGCUAAUGCGAGGAGCUAUCGACGUCGUACAAGGAACACCUCAAGUUUAAUU